AUGCCUCCUGCGAAGUGUACCAUCUCCCCACAAGCCAGGCGCUCAAAACGGCUACAGACAGACCUCUCUGAGGCCGGACCUUCAUUGGUUGUGGAGAAUCCUCCGAUGCCUCAGCAGCAAACUGGACAAAGAGGAGAGAUACAAGGAGGACAAGGAGUGAUGCAGCUGGACGUGCGGGCUCUCACAAGUACCAUUUCCGUAGCAGUUGCACAGGCCGUCAAGGAUGCAAUGACUGCACAUCAAGCCACCGUCCCCAGUACAACGCCAACGCUAACGCCAACGCUAACACCGUCAGCCACAGUAGAGAGGUUGUACAAAACGAAGUCCUCUCAUAUACAACAGGUACAAUUGAACAGGCACCCCUACCAGUAUUGUUGGGGUUGGCGAUCAGCCUAG